AUGUCUUUAACCCUAGUGGGACUCGCAACUGCAAGACCAUCAUCCUGGCUUGCAUUGUCCCCGAGCUUUCUAGAUGCUGGCCCUACCAAGAAUACGAUUCGGUACGCAGAGAUGCUUCGGACGAACAAGGAAGUUCGGAACUUCAUUGUGCUAAAGUCCAGUCCCCCUGCAAUAUCUCCGGGCGAGUUAGCGCCAAGUGAAUCUGGUCUCGAACUUCUCCGUUUACCGGAAGGAGAAUUUAUCCAGCGCGGUCUCAAGACCCCGGAGGUGACGGAGGACCAAGCAAGGGCAUUUCAUUCCAAACUCUGGCGGUUACAUACUGAGUCACAGCGCAACGCGGGAAACCACCAGCACAAGCCGCGAGCCUGUGAGCCGGAUCUACUUUCCGAGAGAUUUUCGUCUAGCAGAGAAGUUAAUGCAGAGACGGAGGUGCUGCCCUUUAAAGAGCGCAUCAGACCAGGAAUUGUGGUUCGCUGGACACCCGCAACAGACUUUCCUAUGCAUCUUUCAGCACAUAACCUGGCUGUCGCGUUGUCUCCUCAAGCGACAGUUAGCCCUCGCGUCGGUGAUCCGGGCAGAGACUGUGUAAGCCCUGGAACACCCAAUGAGCAUGCGGCGGAAGAGUCCAACAGGACAGAGCUCAAUAUCGGUGCUAUCUAUGCGCAAUAUUCUUGCCAGGGUCAUUCGCAAACGCAUACGAGAUUUAGUCAUAGAUAUAGCAGCGAUGGAAGCUGA